AAAGAAAUGCCCAGUAGCUUUCAUUUUUCAGGCUGUGGCUCACUUACAGCAGCAGGAAGGGCCUGAGGCUGUUAUCUAUGGCUGAAGACAGAUACAACAAAAACACACUUAAGUCUUUGGAAUCUAUUGGUAAAGAAAUCUUAACUGAGUUUUUGGAUGGCUUGGUGAAAACAAACAUUCUCAAAUUGGAGGAAACUGAAAAGAAAAAAAUUUAUGAUGCCAAACUUAGAGACAAGGCCUCAGUCCUAGCGGGCGUUGUGCGACAAAAACAUGAUGAAGCAGGUCAAAUCCUUCUCCGAACCUUCCUUAACCCAGAAAAUCUCUCCAUUGGAACGAAAGACAUGGCUGGACCAGCUGAGGCAGCAGAAGAAUCUACAGAUACCCUCAAGCUUUGUCCUCGUGAAGCAUUCCUGAAACUAUGUAAAGAAAGGGCUGGAGAGAUCUAUUCAAUAAAGGAGAGAAAGGACCGCACUCGUCUGGCUCUCAUCAUAUGCAACAGAGAGUUUCAUCAUCUUCCUAGGAGGGAAGGGGCUGAGCUUGACAUCACAGGGAUGAAGGGGCUGCUUGAGGGCCUUGGCUACAGUGUGGAAGUGCAAGAGAACCUCACAGCCAAGGAGAUGGAGUCAGUGCUGGAGUCAUUUGCUGCCCGCCCAGAGCAUAAGUCCUCAGACAGCACAUUCUUGGUGUUCAUGUCUCAUGGCAUCCUGGCAGGAAUUUGUGGGACUCUGCACAGAGAUGAAGAACCAGAUGUGCUGCCUUAUGACACCAUCUUUCGGAUGUUCAACAACUGCCACUGCCUCAGCCUAAAGGACAAACCAAAGGUCAUCAUUGUCCAGGCCUGCAGAGGUGCAAAUCGUGGGGUAUUGUGGGUCAGUGACUCUCCAGCAGCCUUGGCAGACAGCUCUUCACAGCCACAUGAGGACCUGGAGGAGGAUGCGGUUCACAGAGCACAUGUGGAGAAGGACUUCAUUGCUUUCUGCUCCUCAACCCCACAUAAUGUAUCCUGGAGAGACAUCAAAAAGGGUUCCUUCUUUAUUUCACAACUCAUCACAUGCUUUCAGAAAUAUUCUUGGCGCUGUCACCUUGAGGAAGUGUUUCGGAAGGUACAACGGUCAUUUGAACAACCAGAUGUUAAAGCCCAGAUGCCCACCAUUGAACGAUUAUCCAUGACAAGAUAUUUCUACCUGUUUCCUGGCAAUUGAAAAUAGAAAUUACAGGAGGUCCAGCUCUAUUUUUAACUUCCAGAAGUAGCACCUUUUCCAGAAUGGCACAAAUAUUUAAUCUUUUGUAUUUAAAUAAAAAUGAAACAAACUGUA